AUGGACUACCCUCAGGAGAGUUUUGCUGCGACGAAGUUUGCGCCAGGUUCGUUCUGGGACUCUCGUCGUGAAGUCGUUCGAGCUCAAACGCUACAGCAUCAACUUCAGAUGCUCAAGCGAACUGGUCGCUAUGAUGCGUUCAAACUGAAGUGGCACCCCUGCUAUUCGGAGCCACCCACGUCAUACCCUGUACCAAAUCAUCAGUUUUGGGAUUCAGAUGUCGCCAAGUGGAUUGAAGGUGCUUGUAAUUUGCUUAUGGAUCAUUUCGAUCCCGAAAUUGAUGCAGCCGUCAAGGAGUUAGUGCAGAUGAUCCGGGAGGCACAGCAACCAGAUGGCUACCUCAAUAUUCACUACACGGUUGUCGAGCCGGAAAAGCGCUUUACCAAUUUGAGAGAUAUGCACGAACUCUAUAAUGCAGGCCACCUUAUUGAAGGUGCCCUAGCUCACCACCACUAUUAUAAGAAUGAGGAACUGCUGUCACCUAUUCUCAAAUAUGUGGAUCUUCUAGUUGCUACUUUCGGUGCUCAGGAUGGUCAAAUCCCUGGCUAUCCUGGUCAUCCAGAGAUAGAACUAGCUCUUUUACGCCUAUAUAAGGUUACAGGAGAGCCAAAGCAUCUAAAAUUAGCCCAAUUCUUUAUCGAAGAGAGAGGAAACCCCCAAGGAGGGAAGGAUAAAAGGCAUUAUUAUGAUGUGGAAGCAGAAGCUCGUGGUGAAAAUGAACAUAUGCUACCCGCAUACUUUCCUGCCGCAAGAAGCUAUUGGUAUCAACAAGCUCACGAACCGAUCGUCGACCAACAGACAAUUGAAGGUCAUUCUGUUCGUGCCAUGUAUCUUCUCACGGCAGUCACAGAUCUAGUACACAUUUCCAAGCCUGAUAGUGAAUUUGGAAUGAAGUUCCUACCUGUGGUCCACCGAUUAUGGUCUAAUAUGGUGGAGAAAAAGUCUUAUGCCACAGGUGGUAUUGGAUCUAUGAAGAAGUGGGAAGGCUUUGGAAUUGAUUACUUCUUACCCCAAAGUACCGACGAAGGCGGAUGUUACGCUGAGACUUGUGCUGCCAUUGGGGUAAUGAUGCUCGCUGAGCGACUGCUCCAGAUUGAUUUGAACAGCGAUUACGCGGAUAUGAUGGAGCUCUGUCUUUACAAUGCAGUUUUGACUGGUAUGAGCUUAGAUGGAAAAGCCUUUACUUAUGUCAAUCAGUUAGGCUCUUCAGACCAGGACAUCUCCCAGCGCCACGAGUGGUUUGAAGUCGCCUGUUGCCCGCCUAAUGUCACCCGCACUAUGGGCUUCCUUGGGGUUAUCUCUGGACUCGUCAUCUUUGAAGUCUCUGGGUCAAUUGUUGAGAUUGAACAAAAGACGAACUGGCCAUGGAAUGGUGACGUGGAGUUUGCCGUGCGUACUGGCAAGGAUGGGCCCCCAGUGGAUCUACAGUUACGUUUGAGAAUCCCUGGUUGGGCGACCUCAUGGGAGGAGCUAAUUCGUGUCAAUGAAAAGAUCACCCCUCGUCCUGAGCAGCUGGAUGUUCGAAACGGAUAUCUGUACCUGACCGCAGAGUGGCUUAAGCGAAACCCACAGUUUCGACUUUCCUGCCCCAUGCAACCGCGUGUUGCUCAGCCCCAUCCUAUGACCCUACAGCCUGUGGCAUAUGUCACAAGGGGACCGAUUGUAUACUGCGUUGAGGAUGUUGAUCAUCCGUGGGAGCAGAAUCAUUUCAAGAGCACAGUAUUUGAUACCACGGCACCUUUGCGGGAAGAAUCCCGGUCUCAACCUGACUCAUAUGUGGCUAUCAUCGCUGAAAAUGGCGCUCCCGGUGAGCUAGACACAUCGGCUUGGAACAAACGGAUCGUGGCCGAACCUCAAAACAAGGUCACUGGGGAAAGUCAUGAUUUGUGCUUCAUUCCUUAUUAUUUGCGCGCGAACCGUGGAGGUCGCGGGCAGAUGAGAGUUGGACUACGGGUCAUGUAG